UAGUGGUAGAGAGUGACAAGGACAAUGUCACAACAUCUACAGUUUGUUGCGUUUUUGUUGUUAAAUUGAUACGAUCAAAGGUUACUAUGCAAUUCAUGCGACUGAUAAAGAAUUUCAUUCAAAAAUUGAAUCGUUUUGAAUUACGAACGUCGUAACAUCCACACAAUUUCAAUGACCGGCAAGGAGACAACCAAAUUCCGACUGAGACCGAAUGCCAGCAACGGUCUUUGGUUGUGCACAUUAAUUCCGUUGUCGUACAUGGCAAAUACCUGGAAACAUAAAUCGUAUGUCCAAUUCCAAGGCAAAGUGUCCACGAUCGUUGCCUUUGGUUUGUUUCUGCAAACUUUGGUGGUACUUUCUCAACUGCGUACCAACAAACCGAUAGGUUCGUCAAGAAAAUUACUGUCAUCACUUCCGGCCGCGUUUACGUCCUUCUUAAUUUGGAUAUGCUUGAAUCAAGCCGCUGUGUUCAGCAUAGUUUGUGGCACGUCAGCGCUACUGCUCUAUGGUUCACUGUACGUUCACAUGCUGAAAGUUCUUCCGCAAAGUUUUACAUUCGGUGAAGCAUCGGUUGUUGGACAGGGAUUCGUUUUGUUCCUGUUAAAUGUUGGUCUUCGUUUGUCUGGCCAUUCCACCUACAGCGCAAAGCAUGACAUUGACGACGUUACGCUGAUAUUACAGAUCGGCCUAGUCGGCGUGACGUUCAUCGUGGCUGCGACCCAUUUUAUCAACAUUUUUAGAAAAGAUUUGUGGUUUUACGUUCUUGUGGCCAUUGUAUCGUUGACGGUCAGUGUCUUUCCGAUUAAAGGAUAUCCCGCUGUGGUUGUGCUGUUUUCUUUCCUAUUUGCUGAUAGCCAAAGAAUAAUUACACUGUGUGCCGCUCUAGUCCUGCUCGUCAUAACUGUUAUCACGGUCAUAUGGUUCCUAAUAACUAAACGACAAUCGAAUACCCGAACCCGAAAACUCUUCCACAUUUUGAUCGUUGCCACAUUCCUGCCUGGCAUCAUAUACCAGUGCCAACUGCUGUUCAUGACAACCGCUGUGAUGUUGGCUCUUUUCGUUGUGCUGGAAACGGCCCGCAUUAUCAAUCUGAAAUUCGUCGGUGAUGCUUUGAAUGAAUCGGUCGCGUUGUUUGUUGAUGAGAAGGAUGCCGGACUGGUUGCACUGACACCAAUCUAUUUACUAGUCGGUUGUUCGUUGCCGUUAUGGUUACAUCCAUGUCCUUGGUGUCCCAUCCGACCUGGUGCGAUCGAUGUGCUGCCAUUAUUGAGUGGAGUCUUGUCGGUCGGAGUAGGAGAUACGGUGGCUAGUGUAGUCGGAUCGAAAUACGGACGACAUUGGUGGUUGAAUGGUGACAAAUCGAUUGAAGGAACGGUGGCCAGCAUUCUUGCGCAAGGGCUGGUGUUGAUUGGUUUAGUUUAUCUGCAAUUUUUACACGUUACUACAUUCCAAAUUUCUGUAUCGGCGGCUGCUGUUAUCGUGAACAGUUUGGUCGAAGCCCACACAAAUCAAGUGGAUAAUCUGGUACUUCCGUUGGUGACAUUCAUUGGGCUCUCUCUGAGUUGAACGUUGCGUCUGUGAAUUUAAUUUAUUUUCAAAUAAAAAUUUUCGUUAUUCUACCGA